AUGGCGGCAACCUUUCAAGCUCGGUGUCAGGACAACGUUGACAGUACAAAUACUCACAUGUCUGGUCAGAACGUUAGUGAAAAGCCCGUUCAAAUACCUGAUCUCCUACAGGUGUAUAAAGACGUGUUUGAUGGCUCUUUGGGAUGUCUGGGGGAACCACUUCAUCUCGACAUUGAGGACUCAGUAACUCCGGUGCAAAUACCCACGCGAAAGGUUUCCAUUGCACUUAGGCAACAUCUGGAAGCGGAACUGAAGCGCCUGGCGAGUUUGGGAGUGCUAGAGCCGGUUGAAGGACCUACAGACUGCAUAUCCAGUCUAGUCAUGGUGCGCAAGCCCAACGGGACCCUGCGCAUCUGCCUGGAUCCUAAGCCCCUCAACAGGGCACUCAAACGUAGCCAUUAUUCUAUGUCAACGAUAGAGGAUCUGAUACCCCAGCUCUUCAAGGCUAAGGUGUAUACCGUAUGUGACUUACAGAAUGGGUUUUGGCAUAUCGCAUUAGAUCAUGAAUCAAGUCUUCUCACGACCUUUGGAACGCCGUUUGGUAGGUUUCGAUGGAAAAGAAUGCCCUUCGGCAUCAGCCCAGCACCAGAACUCUUCCAACGCCGCCUCCAAUGA